AUGCAAUCUGAAAGGAUGUCUGCCUUUGGGGUUGCGUUCGCGGAAACUCUCUCUGUUGAGCUUCGGAGGCAAGGUGUUGCGCGUGUUUCAGAGUGUGUGAGUGGUAUCAUACAAGGUUUACGUGUGACGACAUCGGAUGGUAAUGAAGCUUCCGCUCAUUCCUUUACUGUCUGUCUUGGGCUUGCAUCUAUGGGACUUGGCGACAGGGAAGUUAUCGCAGUUGCGGAGACGUUGUUAAAGUUGUUCAGCCCAAUCUUUCUGAAGACACACAAAGUUUCGCAUUGCGUAUUUGAGUUGAAUGAUAAUUCAUUCACAGACCGAUCGGUUGGACAUCUUUCAUUGCUUCUGUCACGUUGUUCCCCUCCCUUAGAGAUUCUUGAUCUCCGUGGUAUUACGUUAACAGCUGACUCUUUACGGCAUAUUGAAGAGGCUCGUUUAUUGUCUUCGAAGCCAUGUAUGUUACGGUUAACAACCUCAGGGAAAGAAUGCAUUGAAGAAGGGAAUUCUGAAUUAGAAGGGUCGUCAGUUUCACGUGUGUUGAGUGUGAAUAGUGUAGUACGCCGCGGGGUAGACACUGAAGCACUUCAGAAGCGGCGGAGCGCUCUUUUCGGAUCAGCACGCCGUAGCAGAGGUGAGAAUGAAGUAUCUAGUUCAGGCCCAGUUGAUUCCUUGGCAUUUGCUUGUGUGGGUUCCUCUUAUGCAGAGAAUAAGCUAACGAGAGGCUAUUCGGAUAUGGCUGCGGUGGGUUCUGUCAUUGGUGGAAAGAGUGAAGAGGUGAGGCAUCAUGCAGAGAAAGAACUGGAAGGACAUGGUGCCGUUGGGGCGGUUUUGGCAACUACCCGGGAAAAAGGUUAUGCACAGCAGUAUGCUGAUAUGAAGGCUAAUGAAAGAAAGAGUGUUCAUUCAAUGCAUCAGCGUAAUGAUCAACAUCAAGAGCAGCAUCAACAACAACAACAACAACAACAGGAAUUGCGUGUAGACUCUGAAAACUCACCACUGGAGGAUGAUGAGGAACCAUUGGAUGUUACAGCUAACCUCAGUCCUCUGCUAAAGUCCGUAGUAGAUCUUUCCAAUACAGUCCUCACUGGGAAAUUGCGUGCACUUCAUGGUACUGAUGAUAUUUGGGAAGUGAUUGAGUCUUAUUCUGUGUUGAAGGGAGAAACAGGGUCAAGAUCCUCUUCACAGGGUGAUUCUCUGCAAUUGUCAGCAUCAUUAACCUCGGCUGCAGCUUUUCAGUCUCUCACUGUUUUGAGUAUAGGACAAAACGGUCUGACGUCAUUGCGUGUUCUUCCACCAUCACUUUUACGGUUGGAUGUGAGUGGUAAUAAUCUGCGAGAACUCACUGGUUUAGAUCAGUGUAGGAUGCUUACCCUUUUAAAUGCCCGUCACAACCUUCUUUCGUCAAUGUUGGGACUGGAACGGAAUCUUGCCCUCUCUCAUUUAUUUCUCAGUCACAAUAAAAUAUCUUUUGUGGAUGGUAUUGCACAUUUAAUCCUUUUGGAAACACUUGAUCUUGCUCAUAAUAAUCUUAAGACGCAAGCUUCUAUUCGUCCACUGUCAUUGUCUAAGGGGUUACAACACGUAAUGCUACGCGGGAAUCCUGUUAUGGAACGCAUAAAAGGUUGUUAUCGUCCUUUGUUGCGCAAUUUAUGUCCCUCACUUCUUUUUAUUGAUGGAAAUCGUCUCAGUUACUCCCGUGCGGCUGCAAAUGCACAAAUUGAAAGUAACCGUCUUCGAUUACCUUAUGCGCCUCAUGGUAUUCCAAUAAGUUCUGAUAUUUCGUUGGUACCUACUGAGAAGGUGGCAGCAGACGAAUCACAGUGUGCUAACUAUAUGCAUCUUUUGACACGAGGUGCUACAUCAACACUUGGUCAGGGGUACAGUAACACCUCUGAAAAAACUCGUAUUAUCCAAAACAGUAAGAUACAAAAUAGAGAUAAUGAAAAACAUGGACGUACAAAACCUUCACGAUGUAAUGGUGGUGAACCAUUACGGAAAGAACUUUUAAAACAAUUAGCCCAACAGUCUAAAAAAUAUCUUGAAUCUGUUCUUGUGGAACGACUUUCAGUUUUACAAUCCUCAUGCGUUGCUGAUGUCUCACAGCAAGAAAACAUACAGAGUAAUGGUAAUGAUAAUGAGUUUUUAGUUUCUUCCAAGGAUUUAAAUGGUUGUCCAAGAAAUUCGUUGGGAAAUUGUGAAAAAGAGUCUCAUGAAGAACCGCACUUACCUCAGGGUAACAAAGGAAGACAGGUUGACUUGCCAGUGACAGCUUCAUCAAUCCAAGAAGUUGAAUGUACAUCAAUGAAGGACCAUCCAUUUGAUGAUAAAACUGUAGUAAAAAAUACGUAUGCAACAACGCAGCGUGAUGAAACACUUAAUCACGAUCAGUGGAUGAAAGUCCGAGAUGGUUUGGGUGCACGAGGCGUACUUAAUUCUCCUUUUGGUGAUACACCUGAUCGUGAGUUGCAGAAAACUGAAACACCUGAGAAAAAGAAUAAUAAAUCUCGUGAAGAUACUGUACUAAUGUCACCAAUUCGACCAGAUGUAGACGAAAGUCAUGCAAUCUCUGCAAAUAUCACACAAAUAUUGUGCGAUAUGGAUAUGUUAGAAUCACAAACAGGUUCUCGUGGUACCAGAUCUUAUUCUUUAAAAGAAAAACCUCGAAUGAAAGAAGCUACGGUAAGACGUCCUUUGCUCUUGUCUCCAUCAUCUGCUUCUUCACCUGUAAAGGCUUACCAAAUUAGGUCCUCUUCGUGUUCUUCACAGUGUAUAAAACGUGUUCCUUCUUCUUCGUUAAACAGUAAACAAGACUUCAUUACAUCAAGUGAACCUGUUAUUUUUUCUCCUCCCCCUCCACUGAUGUCUCUGCGUGUAGAUGAUACUGCAACCAGAGAAAGAUUUAUCAGGGAUUGGGUAACACAGUUAUAUGAAGAUGCAGAGUCUGUACAUGAAGCUCUUCGUACUCUUGUUUCUCUUUUUGAUACAGAGUGGUCUGAUAAAAAUAGAAUUCGUGUUAAGUCUUCCUUUUCUAUUUCUUCACUUCGACAGGAAAGGCAGCAAUGCAUUGAUAUUCUUGCUAAGAGUGGAAUGUUAUUGGAUACUGAGGUCCCAGUAGAAGUUGUUGAUUUUUACCGUUUUACAUCAGAUGAAUUAAAUGGUUCAAUUGAAGAAGAAAUAUACAAUAAUGAGAAUGAUCAAAGAAAUGAAAAAAAUAUUCUCAAUAAAGUUGAUUUGGCUUCAGAAAGAAGUGAGGUUUUACGCUGUAUACAUCUCAUUGGAGAUGGCAAGACGUGUCUACGGUAUAUAGUACUACUUAUAGAAGAAGAAAAAGAAAAUGAACUUCAGCGAUAUGUUGAUGAGGUGAAGACAUUGAUAUUUUGUGAUUAG